AUGAUUCUAACAAUCAAACCCACUAACCAACACGGUUUGGUGACCGUAGCAACGACUGUACCUGACUGGAGCGAUGCGAACACGUAUGGGAAGGCACGGUACAUUGAAACACUGCUGAUUGCUGAUAUUGGAGUGUCGAAGCGAUUCAAUCGAGACAUGAAGAAGCUAAGACGUGCAGUGGUCACGUUAAUGCAAGCACUUAACUUGUACCUCUAUCAACUUGAUAUUCGAUUGAUUGUGGUGGAUGUGGUUGAGAUGAUUGCGCAUAACGUCACACUCGAGCGAUUCGCCGGUUACAAGAGGGAGAAGUUUCAUGAGUUCCCAGCGCACGAUUUGGCCAUUUUGAUCAGUAGUACCUAUGAGGGUGGUAUCGCCUACGUGAACGGUAUAUGUGGUCGUUCUGCUGUCGGAAUCAUCGGUUUUUUCGCUGAUGCACCAAUGGAAUACGCAUCGAUAUUCUUCCACGAAUUGGCUCAUUUGCUGGGUCUUUCGCAUGAUGCUAAAAACGAUUGUUCAUGUCGACAGACCUCUUUGGACAGUGACGAGGGAUGCCUCAAAAUCGAGUACGUUUGA